CUUACAGCAUAAACUAAACUAUAAUAUCAUCAAAACACAUCUUUUGUCUCCGCUCAAGAAUGCCAGCGAAGAUUUCACCGGCGACGGCGCCGCUGCCAUGGCUAUUUCGGAGAAGAUCAAGCACAGAUAUGAUAAAGAAUUUGGCAUCUGUUUCGAGCAGUCUCUUACCUGCCUUUGGAACUGUUGUUGAUGAAGGAUACUUAGAACUCAAGAAAUAUGUUAUAGCUCCUUAUGACCGCAGAUACAGGUUAUGGCAAACGUUUCUGGUAGUAUUGGUGAUAUACUCAGCAUGGGUGUCACCCUUUGAGCUAGCUUUCAAGAAAGCAUCAAUAGGUUUCAUGCCUGUUGAUUUGGUGGUUGAUGCUUUCUUUGCUACUGACAUCAUCUUAACUUUUUUUGUGGCUUAUUUGGACAAAACUACAUAUCUUCUUGUUGAUGAUCACAAGAAAAUUGCUACAAGGUACGUAACAAGCUUAGGAUUCCCUAUGGACAUAGCAUCAACUUUGCCAUUUCAACUUAUAUACAGAAUUUUCACCGGUAAAAUAAACCGAGGUCAGGUCUUCGGCAUCCUCAAUCUGCUUCGCCUCUGGCGACUCAGACGUGUUAGUGAACUCUUUGCAAGGCUAGAGAAAGACGCUCGCUUCAGCUACUUUUAUACUAGACUCUUUAAACUACUCACUGUCACACUAUUUGCAGUGCAUUCAGCAGGAUGCUUCUACUACUGGCUGGCCGCACAUCAUGAUCCGCCAGAUCACACAUGGAUAGGAAGUCAAGUCCAAGAUUUCAAACACAGAAGCAUCUGGCUAGGUUACACCUAUUCUAUUUACUGGUCUAUUGUUACUCUCACCACCGUUGGCUAUGGAGACUUGCAUGCAGUCAAUACAGGAGAGAAAAUUUUCAAUAUGCUUUACAUGCUUUUUAACAUUGGCCUCACUGCUUAUAUCAUCGGAAACAUGACCAAUCUCAUUGUCCAUAGUGCCGUUCGAACUUUUGCCAUGAGAGAUGCAAUUAACCAAAUAUUAAGAUACGCAAGCAAGAAUAGACUUCCUGAAGGGUUAAAAGACCAAAUGCUAGCACAUAUGCAACUCAAAUUCAAGACAGCAGAAUUACAGCAAGAAGAAGUGUUAGAGGACUUACCCAAGGCAAUAAGGUCAAGCAUUUCUCGCCAUCUUUUCCAUAACACAGUUGAGAAGGCCUAUCUGGUCAAAGGAGUCUCUGAAGAUCUUAUUACCCAGAUGGUGUCGGACAUGAAAGCAGAAUACUAUCCACCCAAGGUGGAAAUUAUUUUACAAAAUGAAUUCCCAACAGAUUUCUACAUUUUGGUAUCUGGAGAAGUGGACUUGCUGACCUACAAGAAUGGAACAGAGCAGUUUCUGCUAAGACUAGGAGCGGGAGAGAUGGCAGGAGAAAUAGGAGUUAUUUUCAAUAUCCCACAGCCCUAUACAGUGAGAACCAGGAGGCUUUCCCAAGUCAUCAGGAUGAGCCAUCAGCAUUUUAAGCAAAUUGUGCAGCCACUUAGUGACGAUGGGAAAACAAUUAUGUCCAAUUUUCUCCAGUACUUGAAGGGACUAAAACCAGAGAUACUAGAAGAAAUACCUUUCCUGACAGAAUUGCUGGGUGAAAUGAAUGUAGAGCAACCGGCAACGAAUGAGCAGCCACAAAAUUCCACAAAUGCUCCCAACGAUGCAAGUGCAGAAGGAAGACAAGAAACUAGCAGUCCAAUUACAAUCAAAAAACAAAUAAGGGUGAUAAUACAUGGGCAUCAUCCAGAAGAAAGUUCAACUGAAGACCACAUAUCUGGAAGACUCAUACAUUUGCCUGAUUCAAUAGAAGAUCUUUUUAAAUUAGCAGAAAACAAGUUUGGCAAACAAGGAAACACAAUUCUCAUGGAGGACGGGUCAGAAGUGGAAGAAUUAGCUGCAUUACGAGAAAAUGACCACUUGUUUAUUUUCUGAAACUCACAAUACAAUUUUCUGCUGCAAAUAUUUCUUUUAAAUUUUAAGAUGCCUAAUAUGGAACAUGGGGUUCAAAUUUUGUACACCCUAUGUAAUGAAUGCAUUUCUUAUGUGUGUUGGUGUCUCUGUAAAGUUUGUGUGUAAACAUACAAUCUGAUCGAUAACUAUAUAUGUGAAUUAUGUAAGUUGUGAUUUCUGAGAAA